AGGCCAGCGGCAGCAAUCGACGAGCUGCGCCUACUAAAGCGGCUGCGAAGCCCAGCGUGGCAGGUCGCGUCGCGCAACGGGCGCUUAAGUGCGGCACUAUCGUGUUGGUCUAGACUUUCCCAGUGAAUGCGAAGUGACCAAAAUGGCUACUUCACCGGGCAGCAAGUCUACAUCGCAGUGGUCAAUGUUGGCUUCAGUGUUCAUCUUCGCCGCAGCACUGGAAUCCGUGGCGCCUUUCUCCGUGACCAAAGUGGUGGACACAAGCUCCUCGUGCUCAGAUAAGCAGUUCAAGUGCGUCGCUGGGGGGAACUGCGUCCCGAGGUGGUGGCAAUGCGACGGGAUGUGGGACUGCAGAGACGGAUCGGACGAGCAGGACUGCCACGUAAACAGGACGUGCCUCGAAGGACAAUUCAAGUGUGAACAAGGUGGUCACUGCGUCCCGGCAACCUGGCGCUGCGACGGUGAACGCGACUGCUUGGACGGGUCGGACGAAGAGAACUGUACGUCUGCACGCACUUGUUCGGAAACAGAAUUUGCCUGCAAGGAUAGUGGUCAUUGCUUACCGGCAACAUGGAAAUGCGAUGGUGACCCCGACUGCUCGGACCACUCGGACGAAAAAAACUGUACGACUGCGCGCAUGUGUACCCAAACAGAAUUUGCCUGCAAGGACAACGGUCAUUGCAUACUGGCAACGUGGCGAUGCGAUGGUGACCCAGACUGCUCAGACCGCUCAGACGAAGAAAACUGCACAUCUACACGCAAUUGUUCAGAAACAGAGUUUGCCUGCAAGGACAGCGGUCAUUGCAUAUCGGCGACAUGGCGAUGCGACGGUGACCCCGACUGCUCGGACCACUCGGACGAAGAGAACUGUACGUCUGCACGCACUUGUUCGGAAACAGAAUUUGCCUGCAAGGAUAGUGGUCAUUGCUUACCGGCAACAUGGAAAUGCGAUGGUGACCCCGACUGCUCGGACCACUCGGACGAAGAGAACUGUACGUCUGCACGCACUUGUUCACAAACAGAAUUUGCCUGCAAGGAUAGUGGUCAACGACUGCUCUACACGACCGCUCAGACGACUGCAAUCUACACGACAUGUUCAGAAACAGAGUGCCUGCACGUCUGCACGCACGACGGUGACCCCGACUGCUUCGGAAACAGAAACAGAAUUUGCCUGCAAGGACAGCGGUCAGGUCAUUGCAUAUCUGGGACAUGGCGAUGCGACGGUGACAUCGACUGCUCAGAUCACUCGGACGAAGAGAAUUGUACGUCUGCACGCACUUGUUCGGAAACAGAAUUUGCCUGCAAGGACAGCGGUCAUUGCAUAUCUGGGACAUGGCGAUGCGACGGUGACCCCGACUGCUCGGAUCACUCGGACGAAGAGAACUGUACGUCUGCCCGCACUUGUUCGGAAACAGAAUUUGCCUGCAAGGACAGCGGUCAUUGCAUAUCUGGGACAUGGCGAUGCGACGGUGACAUCGACUGCUCAGAUCACUCGGACGAAGAGAAUUGUACGUCUGCACGCACUUGUUCGGAAACAGAAUUUGCCUGCAAGGACAGCGGUCAUUGCAUAUCUGGGACAUGGCGAUGCGACGGUGACAUCGACUGCUCAGAUCACUCGGACGAAGAGAAUUGUACGUCUGCACGCACUUGUUCGGAAACAGAAUUUGCCUGCAAGGACAGCGGUCAUUGCAUAUCUGGGACAUGGCGAUGCGACGGUGACCCCGACUGCUCGGAUCACUCGGACGAAGAGAAUUGUACGUCUGCACGCACUUGUUCGGAAACAGAAUUUGCCUGCAAGGACAGCGGUCAUUGCAUAUCUGGGACAUGGCGAUGCGACGGUGACCCCGACUGCUCGGACCACUCGGACGAAGAGAACUGUACGUCUGCACGCACUUGUUCGGAAACAGAAUUUGCCUGCAAGGAAAGCGGUCAUUGCAUAUCGGCGACAUGGCGAUGUGACGAUGACCCCGACUGCUCAGAUCACUCGGACGAAGAGAACUGUACGUCUGCACGCACUUGUUCGGAAACAGAAUUUGCCUGCAAGGACAAUGGUCAUUGCAUAUCGGCGACAUGGCGAUGUGACGGUGACCCCGACUGCUCAGAUCACUCGGACGAAGAGAAUUGUACGUCUGCACACGCUUGUUCGGAAACAGAAUUUGCCUGCAAGGACAAUGGUCAUUGCAUAUUGGCGACAUGGCGAUGUGACGGUGACCCCGACUGCUCGGACCACUCGGACGAAGAGAAUUGUACGUCUGCACGCACUUGUUCAGAAACAGAAUUUGCCUGCAAGGACAAUGGUCAUUGCAUAUCGGCGACAUGGCGAUGUGACGGUGACCCCGACUGCUCGGACCACUCAGACGAAGAAAACUGUACAUCUGGACGCACUUGUUCGGAAACAGAAUUUGCCUGCAAGGACAACAGUCAUUGCAUAUCGGCGACAUGGCGAUGUGACGGUGAUCCCGACUGCUCAGACCACUCGGACGAAGAGAAUUGUACGUCUGCACGCACUUGUUCGGAAACAGAAUUUGCCUGCAAGGACAAUGGUCAUUGCAUAUCGGCGAUAUGGCGAUGUAACGGGGACCCCGACUGCUUAGAUCACUCGGACGAAGAGAAUUGUACGUCUGCACUCACUUGUUCGGAAACAGAAUUUGCCUGCAAGAACAGCGGUCAUUGCAUAUCGGCGACAUGGCGAUGUGACGGUGACCCCGACUGCUCAGAUCACUCGGACGAAGAGAAUUGUACGUCUGCACGCACUUGUUCGGGAACAGAAUUUGCCUGCAAGGACAAUGGUCAUUGCAUAUCGGCGACAUGGCGAUGUGACGGUGACCCCGACUGCUCAGAUCACUCGGACGAAGAGAACUGUACGACUGCGCGCAUGUGUACCCAAACAGAAUUUUCCUGCAAGGAUAAUGGUCAUUGCAUAUCGGCAACAUGGCGAUGCGACGGUGACCCCGACUGUUCGGAUCGCUCAGACGAAGAAAACUGUACAUCUGGACGCACUUGUUCGGAUAUAGAAUUUGCCUGCAAGGACAAUGGUCAUUGCAUAUCGGCGACAUGGCGAUGUGAUGGUGACCCCGACUGCUCGGACCACUCAGACGAAGAAAACUGUACAUCUGGACGCACUUGUUCGGAAACAGAAUUUGCCUGCAAGGACAACAGUCAUUGCAUAUCGGCGACAUGGCGAUGUGACGGUGAUCCCGACUGCUCAGACCACUCGGACGAAGAGAAUUGUACGUCUGCACGCACUUGUUCGGAAACAGAAUUUGCCUGCAAGGACAAUGGUCAUUGCAUAUCGGCGAUAUGGCGAUGUAACGGGGACCCCGACUGCUUAGAUCACUCGGACGAAGAGAAUUGUACAUCUGCACUCACUUGUUCGGAAACAGAAUUUGCCUGCAAGAACAGCGGUCAUUGCAUAUCGGCGACAUGGCGAUGUGAUGGUGACCCCGACUGCUCAGAUCACUCGGACGAAGAGAAUUGUACGUCUGCACGCACUUGUUCAGAAACAGAAUUUGCCUGCAAGGACAAUGGUCAUUGCAUAUCGGCGACAUGGCGAUGUGACGGUGACCCCGACUGCUCAGAUCACUCGGACGAAGAGAACUGUACGACUGCGCGCAUGUGUACCCAAACAGAAUUUGCCUGCAAGGAUAAUGGUCAUUGCAUAUCGGCAACAUGGCGAUGUGACGGUGACCCCGACUGUUCGGAUCGCUCAGACGAAGAAAACUGUACAUCUGGACGCACUUGUUCGGAAACAGAAUUUGCCUGCAAGGACAAUGGUCAUUGCAUAUCGGCGACAUGGCAAUGUGACGGCGACCCUGACUGCUCAGAUCACUCGGACGAAGAGAAUUGUACGUCUGCACGCACUUGUUCGGAAACAGAAUUUGCCUGCAAGGACAAUGGUCAUUGCAUAUCGGCGACAUGGCGAUGUGACGGCGACCCCGACUGCUCAGAUCACUCGGACGAAGAUAAUUGUACGUCUGCACGCACUUGUUCGGAAACAGAAUUUGCCUGCAAGGACAAUGGUCAUUGCAUAUCGGCGACAUGGCGAUGCGACGGUGACCCCGACUGCUCAGACCACUCGGACGAAGAGAACUGUACGCCUGCACACACUUGCUUACCAAAGCAGUUCGCUUGCAAGGACAAUGGUAGAUGUAUAUGGACAAAUUGGUGGUGCGACGGUGAACGCGACUGCUUCGAUGGCUCGGAUGAAGAGAACUGUACGUAUUCACGCACUUGUUCGGAAACAGAGUUUGCCUGCAAGGAGAACGGUCACUGCAUAUCUGGGACAUGGCGAUGUGACGGUGACCCCGACUGCUCAGAUCACUCGGACGAAGAAAAUUGUACGUCUGCACACACUUGUUCGGAAACAGAAUUUGCCUGCAAGGACAACGGUCAUUGCAUAUCGGCAACAUGGCGAUGUGAUGGUGACCCCGACUGUUCUGAUGGUUCGGACGAGGAUGUUUCCAUGUGCAACGAAGGUUUUGUCUGCUCUCCCAACAAAUUUCUUUGCAAGACUCUCGGUCAAUUUGUGUGUGUUCCCAAAGAGCGGAGGUGCGACGGCCAUAUUGACUGUGACGACGCCGUGGAUGAGAAGAACUGCACUCGACCUCAAACAUGCUCAGAGAAAGAGUUUACUUGUCUCGACAGAGCACAGUGCAUACCUGUAGCGUUGCGCUGUGACGGUAAACGCGACUGCGUAGAUGGUUCAGACGAAGAUUGGUUGGGUUGCCCAAGUGAGACACCAUGUCCGAUGGGCCAAUUUGCUUGUAAACGCGCUCUAGAGGGCUCGGUGACGUGCUUCCCUAGGGCGUUGCUUUGCGACGGUCACAAACAGUGCCACGACGGCUCUGACGAAAUCGGUUGCGGAAACCGAAUCUGCGAAGCGGGAGAGUUUCGUUGUAAGACAGGGCGUUGCAUUCCUCAGCAGUGGACCUGCGACGGCAAGCCUGACUGCCCAGACGGAUUGGAUGAGGACGCGCUAUUAUGCAAAGCGUAUGGGUCAUUGUGCCCUUCGAGCCAGCUUCCCUGCCGCUCGCACAACGGUAGCUUUAUCUGCAUCGGUGAAGAGGAAAAGUGCAACGGACACGUGGACUGUGACGACGGCAGCGACGAGAGGCUGAACUGCGCCAGGCUGGCCUUUAAUUGUAGAGGAAGCCACUUUCGGUGCGAUAACGGCAGGUGCGUACCGAAGCCCUGGAAGUGCGACGGUGUUGAUGACUGCUUCGAUGGAAGCGACGAGAAAGGCUGUGCCAGCACCAACGACGAACUAUCCGAGAAUUGCUCUGUCAACGAAUUUUCGUGCUCCACGGGUUCGGCGUGCAUCCCGCUCAACUUGCGUUGUGACCGCCACCCCGACUGCCCCGAUGAAUCCGACGAGCAUGGCUGCCCUUCAGAAAUAUCCAAUUUCGUCUGAGACGACGGAUGUUGCAUGAUUUCAAAGCUGGUGCCUUUUUGUGUGUCGUUGUUUAUGUCACAGGUACACAUUGUAACAAAUGUGUUAAUGGAGUUCUGCGUACCGUCUUUGUGAUUCUGGCCAGCCCAAGAAGUGUUGUCUAGUUCCUUGUGUCAAGUCUUGAUAUCCAGAUGAUCAGCCGUUCUUUGUGCUCUCGGCUAUCUUUAAACUGUCAGUUGCCCAGAAACGCGAAGCACUUCCGCUGCUAACUCUUAAUGUAUGAGCCUCAACAGCAGGACUUCACGGUUAGAUUGUAGGGUACGUCUAUGGUCGUUUCUAGUUCAGCGAUAAUCGCAGGAAUCGUAUAACACUGUACAGGAAGUAUUCGACUUAAAGAAAAAACUAACUGCACAGGUUACGUCAGAAUACGUUUCGCGCCCCUAAUUACAUAUUUCAUGUGAUCUUUGAACAUCAUACCUUUGUUCUGCAGUAUUUUUUUUUAAAUAUAACACGUUGCAUAGCGCUAAAACUAUACCUCUGUGCCAAGCUUCGGAGCGGGCAGCCUUGAGCAUAUUGACCCUUUUCGCGGCGAUCCCGUGGGAGCUGCCAUGUUUGAUCACGUGGUGACACGUCCAUUACUUGCCUCAACUGCCUCCGUUGCCUCCGUGUUUACAACUGGAUGUGAAUGACGCCGAUGUGGCUUAGCAAACCUCUGUUUCGGGAUAUAUCGUAGACGGUGACUGGGUGGACGACACCAAGCUUCGAUCGGCCACAGCUUCAGAGGACAUGUAAAAGCGCUUUCGAAGCUCAUUAAGCUUUGUCCAAAGGGCACGAGCAGCGUAUAUGGUGCUUGCUCUAAAAGCGGGGCAAAUAUGUAUUCGAAGCUAUCCAAACUUCCCGCUCAUGAAUUGAAUCAGGAUUAUAGUGUUUUGGUCAUCGUUCUUUAUUUGGGGGGGGGGGGGGGGGGGGCAAAUAUUUUGAAGCAGCGGCUUGUCACGUUUCUGACUCAGUAAGGUUCCUCAGUGCGGUCACUAUCUGAUUAUUUUCUGCCUAAUCGCUCGUGGGUGUGAUCAGUUCCGUUAGAUUUGUUCUUGCUGCGCACAAGGCAUGAAACGUAGCUGUUCUGCACAUUGGUAUACCUUGUAGCAAAGGCGUAUUAUCGCUAGUAACCCGCUUACUCUUGUGAACCGUCACGAAAUAUUCAGCUUCGACCAUUCGUGCGCUAUCGGUGUGGUACCAUCACUUAUUGUGCGUAAAUAGUGCGCAUAUAUUCAAGUGUGUGCCUAUUCACUUAUUCUUGACACGUUGGUGAAAGAGUGGGCGUAAGUUUCCGUGUCAGUUGGGGUAGAUGUGUGUAGAUACUGUGCGCUAAAACCUAUGACAGGAAGCGGCGAUGCUCCCUUUAUCAUUGUUUAACGAGCGGUACUCACCCUUGCCGACGUACCGGGGCUGAAGCCCUGUCUUCCAAGGCUAUAUAGCGAUACAACGCUGGCGGAUGAGCAAAUUUCUGUAUCCUCGAGGAAAGCCGUACAUCUCGAAGUGCCGGAAACAUGUACAUUUGCACGUACGGACAAUUGCAGCAGCGGUCCGCGAACUUGGCCCCACAUAUUCAUUACAUUCCUUAAUAUGCCAGUCAUCAUUUUUGCAGCCAACUACUGCACACGUCUUCAAUCCACAUGACUCAAACCAGCAUGAAUGGAGCGCAGUGCGUUAGCGAAAACUCAGUUGCAUUUUCGACAGCUGAUCGCACAGAAGCAAGGUAGAAGCGGCAAUGGUUUCGUAUUCGUGCGUGGUCGCUGAGGCGACGUAUGGCGCGCGCCGCCGUAAGCGCCAUCUAGUUUCUCUAGAACAAACUCCUCCGCGAAAAGGGUUAAUAAUGUACCUUUGGAUGGGUGUUCAUAAUUUUCUUAUUCAUUGUGGUUAUCCCUCAGCCACACUUUGCAAAUUUAGAAGCUUUAAGUAACGUAAUAUUUCUCCAGUCUGCUGAGUUCACGGACGAAAAGUGCAAGCGGUUCUUGUCGACUGCAGUUGAUAUUCUAAAACUUUUUCCUAAUUUCUGGUUCAAAUACCUAUAUAUAGCACUUUGUCCUUACAGGAACAAAAUUCAAACCAGUAAAUGUCAAACAUCUCAUUAGUCCAGUAACAUGUCAUGAAGGUCAUCUUGAAAGCACUCCGUGUUAUUAUUUGCAUUUCAUGCUUCCGCGAAUAACAGCCCAUCGUCGAAAUUAUGAUCACAGGAGGCAUAAUUUAUCGGAUGCAGGUCAAACGGUCGGACUUGACAAGUAUUAAUGGAAACCCGUUAAUGGCACUGUUAAAAGCACCUGGACGACCAAUUGUAAACGCUUUUUAUUCUUGUGUCUUGAAAAUGUUCUUAAAGCUUUUGUUCCAUGUUUGUUAUAUUAAAUUCCAAUGUUAAGCUUUACUACGUCUAAUAAAUCAACUA